CGCGAGAGCUGAAGGAUGCCGAAGGUGUGUUCGGGCUUGGUCCAGCUAUUCCGAGCGAUCCCGCGUCGACGUGACGUCACCGACGUCGCUUCCCACCCGUCCGUCAUUCACAUUCUCCGCCGUCAUUCGCGCGGACGUGAUAAAAGGUCGCCGCAGUCGACGCCGGCCAGUUACAUCCAUCCACGUCGUCGCGAGGAGACGCCGGGAAACGCGUUUGUUCAUUAUUACAAGAAUUUGCAAGGCCGAGAGAGAUCAACUGUCAAGAUGUCUUGCCCGGCGAGAGAUCCGGCAUCGGAGCAGCUGAACAAUUACAAGAAGAAUAUGAAGGGUGAUCCACCUGUAUUAUUAACUGCAAAUGGAGCACCUAUUGCUGAGAAGAAGGCCAGCCUCACGGUUGGUCCUCGUGGACCCAUGUUGCUGCAAGACUUCGUUUACCUGGACGAAAUGUCGCAUUUCGCCAGGGAGAGAAUUCCGGAACGAGUUGUACACGCGAAAGGAGCCGGUGCGUUUGGCUACUUCGAAGUUACCCACGAUAUCACCAAGUAUUGCAAAGCCAAGGUAUUUUCCAGCAUCGGAAAGAGGACUCCUAUUUGUGUGAGAUGUUCCACCGUCGGUGGCGAAAGCGGUUCUGCUGACACUGUCAGAGAUCCGCGAGGUUUCGCCGUCAAGUUCUACACUGAGGAGGGUAUCUGGGAUCUCGUCGGCAACAAUACGCCCAUCUUCUUCAUCAAGGAUCCCCUCUUCUUCCCAAGUUUCAUACAUACGCAGAAGAGAAAUCCCGCGACCCACUUGAAGGAUGCUGACAUGUUUUGGGACUUCAUCUCUCUCAGACCCGAAACGACGCACCAAGUCAUGUUCCUCUUUGGCGAUCGCGGCAUUCCCGAUGGAUACCGUCACAUGAACGGCUACGGUUCUCAUACAUUCAAGCUGGUGAACAGCAAGAACGAACCAGUCUACUGCAAGUUCCACUACAAGACCGAUCAAGGGAUCAAGAAUCUCCUCGCGGAGAAGGCCGGUGAGCUCAGCGCUUCCGAUCCCGAUUAUUCGAUCAGAGAUCUCUACAACGCGAUCUCUAAGAAGCAAUAUCCGUCCUGGACUCUUUACAUCCAAGUAAUGACCAACGACCAAGCGAAGACCUUCAGGUGGAAUCCGUUUGAUCUGACAAAGGUGUGGCCUCACAAGGAAUAUCCGUUAAUCCCGGUGGGCAAACUGGUGCUGGAUCGUAAUCCCGAAAACUAUUUCGCCGAUGUAGAGCAAAUGGCCUUCGAUCCGGCGCACAUGGUACCCGGUAUUGAACCAAGUCCGGAUAAAAUGUUGCAAGGUCGACUUUUCGCUUACGGCGACACUCACAGACAUCGCCUGGGACCGAAUCAUCUUCAGUUGGCGGUGAAUUGCCCUUACAAGCAGGCGAUCUCCGCGAUGCAUUAUCAACGAGACGGUAAUAUGCCGAUAUACAAUCAAGGGGGCGCGCCUAAUUAUUAUCCGAACAGCUUCUCCGGCCCGAAGGAGUGUCCAGCCGUUCGUUCGCCGCCGUUCCCCGUAAGCGGAGACGUGGAUCGUUACAAUCCCGAGGACGAAGACGACUUUGGUCAGGCCACUAACUUCUGGAAGAAGAUCCUCGACGAACCCGCGAGAGAGAAAUUGGUUCAAAACAUGGUCGGAAGUCUGCGCAACGCCUCGGUGUUCAUCGUCGAGCGAGCUGUGCGAAACUUCGCCCGAGUGGACGUCGAUCUUGCUCAGAGAUUGACGGAUGGUUUGCGCAAAUGCGGGAUACAGAUCAACGCUUUGGGAAAAUCGGCCAAUCUCUAAAGAGGAUAUAUUAUAUAUUGAUAUAUUUGUUAUCUUUCUCUUUAUUCUCUCGCUUACGUACUUUUGUACUAUGUAGUUUUUACUGAAAUAUGCAAUAUUUUAAUAUUGUUUGUUGUCACAAUAAUUGUCACUGAAAAUAUUUUCCUCCACAAAUGUUAUAUAACUGCUUUUAAUUACUUGGAUGUUUCUUAUUCUAAAGUUAUUUUCCCUGUAACUUGUAGUAAUAUAUUUUACAAGGGUGUAGGUGCUGGACAUAUUUGUGGUGCCUUUUACAUAUAUAUAAGAUGAAAUAUAUAUUGCCUAACCGAUGAGGAUAAAAUGAAAAAUGCUUUAUUUUACUCUUUACUAGUUUCUAUUGUAUUUUUACUACAGAGCUGUUAAUUAUAUAAAUAAAUAUUUUUUAGACAUGA